AUGGAAGGAUGGUAUAGCAGUCUCGAUUCCAGGAAUCUUGACCUGGUAAGCGACUACGCAGGAAGAGAGCUUUUCUGCUUGGAAGGCGAUUCUCUAGUCUUGGAGUGUCUUGAUGAUUCUGCGUUGGAUUUUGAAGAUGGAUUCCAAUUGCUUCAUGCCGUUUAUAUGGUGGAGAGGUUCCUAUCGAAGCUGUUGUCUACGAAAUGCAACUUCCACGUUAUCUUCUUCGACGUUCUCUUCCUAGAAAACCGAGACCUCCCUUCUCUCGCCGCAUCCAAAGAUAUCUACCGCUCAAAAUACAACUUAGCAAGAGAAGUCAUCUACCAGCACCUGAAGACGUAUCUCCAGAAAGUGAACCCCGACAUCCAAGUCCACCAGUUCCCCGCGGCAGACUCUCCAGAGUUUCAGCAGCACAUACAAACCUACAGCGUUUACUUCGCCAUGUGCCAUAAUGGAGCGCUGCGGAGGCAAAAUGUCCCAUCUGUUGAGCCGAUGCUUAAGGUUAUUGCCAAUAUCAUGGCUUCUGGGUUGGAUGUUGCGGUUAUCAAUGAGAUUGAGUGGAGAGAUAUUAAGGUCAUAACGAAGGUCAUCCAAGCGAGUUCCUUGAAACCUCCUUCGGAAAUAGUCGAGGAAAAUACAGUGGAAGAGGACGCAGUCGCGGCCACGGAUGAGCCAGAUUCGCGUUCCGAAUGCACUCAGAGUUUCCAGAGCCUGGCAAUCUCUGUUGGCGACAACCAGAAAUUAAACAUGUCGAUGAGAGAAGCACUUAGCCUUGCUGCGCUCUUGCGUCUUCUCCUGGAAACCCCAGACGAAGAAACAAAGUGCAUGGCCGGUAGGGUUCUUUUUCACCUGGCAUGUCUCAAAUCUCUGUCUCUGGAUGAGCGAAGACUGGAAGUCCAUGAGAUUCCCGACCCGGAAUCUCAUGAUGCUUUUCUGGAUAGAUUCUGUCAGGCUGCAAGUGCAAUUCUACGGAGUCUCGAGUGGAACAAUGCUAUCAAGUGCGACUGGGAGAUUGACAUCCAUGACCUUAUUGACGGCAGGGUUCUUCGUUCUUGUGCUCUCAACACUGCCUGGACAGAUAGAGAAGCCGACCUCAGCAAGCAGCUCGAGGGUAGCUAUAGCACGAUCUUGAAGUGCUACCAAGAUAUCUCUGAAUUUGUCCACAACCAAGUCAACCAUUUUUCUGGAGACCAAAACGAAAUCGCAGAAUCUACCAACGAUCCAAAAACCAAUAUGGCCUUGCUGCCCUUCCAGCACAAAGUCUUCGACAGCCAUCUGGCAAGUGUUCGCGUGGCGGUCGAUGACUCGCAUAUAGAGACCUACAAAAACGCCAUACGUGACGACAGGCAUUGGCACAACAAGAAGCCACUUGGCCCGAAACGUCCCAUAAAUCCACCACAGCAGCCCUAUACCAAGUGGCGCAAUCCAAACAUAUGGAACCAACGUCGCUUUCGCGACAUGGAAAAAUAUGCAAAGAGUCUUACCAAUGCCAAGGGAAAUGCUCUUGAACCACAAUCUGUUCUUUCCCCAGAACUGCGCAAGGCACAAGCCAAGGAAAAGAUUGCUGCCAAGUCUUCCAAAGGAAAGAAAAUUGCCGAAGUGAACGAGAUGAAGAAAUUAGCGAAAGAAGAGUCAUCGUGGGUUGAUUCCUGGAAGAAGAAAGUCAAGGAAAUAGAGACCAUGGCACCCCGUCUUCAGAUCGAAGAAUGUCAGUCCUACAUCGAGAAGCUCGACAACCGGAAAGGAAAUUUUCUGGAACCCGAAGCACGACUAUAUCUCCUGUCGCUACUGAUUAGCCAGUACCAAGGCUCACGCGAGACUGAAGAGCGUGCGGCAUUGGCAACAGAGACCUGGAACCAGGUUCGAAUUCUCCGACAGAAAGUCGCUCGAAUGACUCUGCAAUGCUACCAGGAAUUUCAAAGUUUGUGUAAAAAGCUGCAAGUACCGGAUGUUCCAGAUGUUCCGCACCCUUCGUCUACCCUACCAAGUCGUUCUCUGUCAUUUACUCCCAGAGCUGGGUCAAUCAAGUCAGGGCAGCUAGGCGCGCCGCUCAACUUUCAGCAAUUCCAGAUGCUCCAUUGCGGUCCCUUGAUGGAUCGUCAGACUGGCGCAAAGCCAGACGAACGGGUUGCAUUUGAGCCGGAUCAGUGGCAGCGUGAUGUCCUUGAUGAACUGGACCAAAACAACAGUAUAUUUGUCGUGGCGCCAACAAGUGCAGGUAAAACUUUCAUCAGUUUCCAUGCUAUCUCCAAGGUUCUCCAAGAGGAUGAUACCGGAGUGUUGAUCUAUGUUGCCCCGACCAAAGCGUUGGUCAACCAGAUUGCUGCGGAAAUUCAUGCGCGGUUUAGGAAGACGUAUCCUCGCAAUAGUGAGCAGUCUGUGUGGGCGAUUCAUACUCGUGAUAUACGGUUCAACGAUCCGAUGAAGUGUCAAAUACUGGUGACUGUUCCGCAUAUGCUUCAGAUUAUGCUACUGUCACCGGUCAAUGCCAAAACUUGGGCCCCUCGCGUCAAGUGUAUCGUCUUCGAUGAAAUCCACUCGAUUGGUCAGGCUGAUGAUGGCCUUGUAUGGGAACAGUUAUUGUUGCUCGCUCCAUGCCGCAUCAUUGCUCUCUCUGCAACAGUCGGCAACCCAACCGAGUUUGCAGACUGGCUAUCUGUGACGCAGAAAUCUCUAGGCACCGACUUGAAGCUUGUCCAAUACGGGCAGCGGUACUCGGAUCUCAGGAAGUACUUCUACACUCCACCAAAGAAGGUCGACUUCCAGGGGCUUUCUCGAGCCAAACAUAAGGGAUUGCUCGAAUCUGAGCAUGUACAGGGUCUGCAUCCCAUACACCCUGUGACUAGCCUUCAUAAUGCGCAGCGCCAGAUGACAGAGGAUCUUUCCCUCGAGCCUCGAGACUGCUAUGUUCUUUGGGAGUCCAUGGUCAAGCAUUCGUCUGCUAAGUUCCCCGUCCCCGAAACGCUCCGUCCAGAAAAUUGCAUGUCUUCGUUCAUUCGGAGGAGUGAUGUGUUUGAGUGGGAGCGACGUCUCAAAAGUCACCUGGCUACUUGGAUGAUGGAUCCACAAUCGCCCUUCAACAAAGUUCGGGAAGACCUUGACUCGAAAUUCUCUUCAUUCGACCGACCUCCUAAGAAAACAGCUAUAAUGGAAAAAGACGAUAUGUGCUCCUCCGUGUUCCCACUCCUUGUCAGCCUGCAUCAACAAAACGCAUUGCCAGCGUUGCUCUUCAACUACGAGCGAAUGACCUGCGAGCAAAUUGCAGAGUCCAUACUCAAGAAAUUGCUCGAUGCAGAGACAGCCUACAAAGAUGGCCCAGCUUGGAAGAAGAGAAUGACAGAAUACCAAAAGUACCAGACAUUGAAGGAAAAGAAAGCUCGUGUGGCAGAGAGACGGAAACCGGACGAGUCGAAUCCGGAUCCGGCUGAUUAUGAGCGGCAUUCUUUCGAUGGGUUUGAUCCUGAAAGACCGUUGGAACAGUUCUCCUUUGCCGGAAUCCGUGGACAAGACUGGGAGGAACUCAAGGACGAGAUCUUCAAGCUGAAAAGAUUCAAUGUCAACCCUAUCCUUCUCGAAGCUCUGACAAGGGGCAUUGGUGCUCAUCACGCGGGUUUGAACAGGCGGUACCGUCAUCUGGUCGAGCGCCUAUUCCGUCGAGGUUUCCUACGCGUUGUGGUAGCUACCGGAACCCUCGCGCUGGGUAUCAACAUGCCCUGUUCGACCGUCGUCUUCUGCGGCGACAGCCCUUUCCUGACAGCGCUGAACUACCGUCAAGCAUCAGGAAGAGCAGGACGUCGUGGCUUCGACCUUCUCGGAAACGUUAUCUUCCAUGGCAUAUCUUUCUCCAAAGCGUACCAAUUGAUAAGCUCACGACUGCCCGACCUGAAUGGCCAUUUCCCUAUCACAACCAGUCUGGUGCUGCGUCUGUGUAUCCUUCUGCAUAACUCUGAUGAAUCGCCGUAUGCGGUUCAAGCUAUCAAUUCUUUGCUUGCACAGCCAAGGUUAUGCCUGGGUGGUGUGGAUUCAAGGGACAAGGUGCUCCAUCAUCUCCGAUUUUCUAUCGAAUAUCUGCGUCGUCAGAAACUCUUGGGACGACACGGGGAGCCCAUCUAUCUCGCCCGCAGCGUUGCUCACUUAUACUAUACCGAGAACAGCGCUUUCGUGUUCCAUGCUCUCCUUCGCGAAGGAUAUUUCGAGACCGUAUGCCGUGCUAACCGAGGGAACACCGAACAGAAGCUGAGAACGUUGAUGAUCGUACUGGCACACCUCUUCGGCCGCAAAACGCUCGGGAAAAGAUACGAGAAACUCCUCAAGAACAAGGAAGGUAUCAAGUCUCCAUCUGCAGUCAAGCUUCCCGACAUCCCACCCGAAGCCGCCGAAGUCAUCCACAAACACAACAACGAAAUCCUAAAGACAUACACCGCCUAUGUUUCAACAUACAUAGACCAACAUCUCCAAACCCCCGAAAUCAACCUCCCUCUCACAGGCCUCUCAGUUGGCGGCUCCGGAAACCAACCCCUCAGCCAGACCCUAGGCUCCUCAUCCCCGAAUCUCUACCGCUCCCCAUUCGUCGGCCUCUCAGGCCAUAGCGACGAAUUCACCAGCAUCAGAGAUCUCUGCAGUACUGUCCGUUCCGAAGUUUUCCUCGAAGAAAGCGUCAUUCCUCAGCUGAAUGUCUACCCAGACAACGGCAUGCCACCGUUAAACGCGUACUUGUACGAUUUCUUCUGUCAUGGGAAUCUGCAGCCGCUCGAGGUUGCGAAUCACAUCUCGAGGUCUGAUGCGUGGUUUUUGUUGAAUGACUUCUCGCUGAUUCUGGCAACGUGUAUUGUGGCGUUGGAGUCGUAUCUUGAUCCGAGUAUUGAUGAGAGAGGGGAUGUUUUGGAGCCGAUGGGGGUGGGUGAUGAAGAGGGUAAUGAUGGAGAAGAGGACGAAGAGGAGGGUGCUGAGUCUGACGGCGAACAAACCAAGGAACAACCCAUUGAUACCAAGAAAUCACCGGAGAAGACAAAAUCCAAACCCGCUCCUAUCCGAAAGUUCAAUGAUGACGAGGAAGAUGAUGACGACGAACUGCUCGACAACUGGGAUGAUGGCAGUGAUGCCGAAGAAGACGAGCCCGAAACUGAAGAUUCCGAUGAGCCUGAGGAAGAGAAUCUAGUAGUCUCGAAAGAGGUUCUGAAGGCAUUCAGGGAGCUGAAGAUCGAGUUUGAUGAGAAAUUCCAUGCUAUUUUUGCGUGA